AUGAGCUCUGCAUUCGCCAUUCAGCAUUCCCACAUCGCCAGCCAGCCGGUGCAGGCACCGCCGCCAGGGUACAUGAUCCUGACCGUGGUCGGCUCCGGCGUCUCUACAGGUGUACCGGUCAUUGGGCACCUGGGGCGCGGCUGCGCAUGCGAGCACGCCGUCGCUGACCCAAGCGGGCCCAACUGUCGCAACAACAUCAGCCUCCUCAUCACGCUUCCCCGCCGUGACCUGCCCGACUUGCCCGUGGCGCGAACGGAGUCGGCGACGACGGCGGCAGACACAAAAGAUGCCGAGAACGACGGUGGAACGAGUAGCAGCAGCGGCGCUGCCGGUGCUGUCUCGACCACGGCGCUCCGCCCGUCACACUCAUGCUUUGCAGCGGAGCACGCCAGCAACUACAUUGGCCCAAAGCCUGUUGCGCACAUUCUCAUUGACUGCGGCAAGACGUUCCGUGACGCGUACUUCAAGGUAAUGAUCCGGUGCAGCAUCCGCACCGUGGACACGCUGCUGCUGACGCACGGGCAUGCGGACGCGGUGGCUGGCCUCGACGACCUUCGUGAUCUGCAAACGAUGCACAUGGUCUCCACUGGGGACUGGGUGAUCGACAGCUUUGUGCCCACCUACCUCUCCCCCAGCACGCUGAAGACGCUGGAAAAGUCGGUCGACUACAUUAUUCGAAACAGCGUGAAGAGCGGACACGCAAUGUCGACGCCAUCAGAGCACGCCGCGCAGCUUGCCGAGCGUCUGCAGCAGCGCGAAGCGCAGGUGAUGGCCAACGGCACGGCGCACAAGGAGGGCGGCUGGCGCAAUAUUGGCAUCCGCCGCAGCACAGCGCUAGACCUCUUCUGCAUGGAUGAAGAGCGGCCGCUGAGAAUGCAUCUCCCCAUCACCGCCACCGCGGCGACGGCGGGCGGCACCGACGCCGCGAGUGACCUGCCCUUCUACUCCUUCCCAGUGGAACACGGAAAGGGCUACAUCUCCAUGGCGUGGGUGUUCGGCCGUGGCACCGCCUUCAAGAGCCGGCAAACGCAGCAGCAGCAGCAGGGGAGCUGCGUCGUGUACAUCUCAGACGUGAGCCACAUCCCGGCGACCUCGAUGGCGUUCCUGCAAGACCUCGUGAAGAUCGAUGUCCUUUUCGUCGACUGCCUCUCCCCGAGUGGGCGCGUGAGCCCCGUCCACUACUGCGAGGAUGACAUGAUGGCUCUGGUGGUGGCCCUGAAGCCUCGGCACGUCUUUGGUGUCGGCAUGCACUGUGCGCUGGAGCACUUCAAGUGGAUGGCGGAGCUUCAGAACGCCUUGGACAGUCACGUCGCCGCCGGUCGUCUGCAGGCAGGCGAGGUGCAGUGUGUCGAGCUUAGCUAUGAUGGCAUGCAGGUGUUAUUGCCGCAGUGA